AUGCAGCUGCCUCCCUUCGACAUGUGGAAGGACUACUUCAACCUGAGCCAGGUGGUGUUGGCGCUGAUCCAGAGUGGGGGGCAGAGGCCAGAGGCCCCAGGGACCGGGGAGCCGAGACCUGCCGGGGCCAGCGGAGGCCUGGCCACCUUGUGCAAUUUCUGCAAGCACAAUGGGGAAUCGCGUCACGUCUACUCGUCACACCAGCUGAAGACCCCAGACGGCGUGGUGAUGUGCCCCAUCCUGCGGCAUUACGUGUGUCCCCUGUGCGGGGCCACCGGCGGCCAGGCACACACACUCAAGUACUGCCCGCUCAACGGUGGCCAGCAGUCUCUCUACCGCCGCAGCGGGCGCAACUCGGCCGGCCGCAAGGUCAAGCGCUGA